GCACCUAAAGCUGGUUGUCAACCGCCAUUAAAAAACGGCCGAAGAAGAAGUAGGACUAGUGAGGGUACAUCUUAGUCACAGGGACAAAGAAACGGAUUAAAACAUUUUUCUUGGACUAGGCCGGAUUACUUUUAAUUCCGUAUCGUUAGAAGAAUCUGUGAAGACUCAGGAAACACUUUCAGGAUUUGGGCCUUAUUUAGCAGACCCACCCUGCCACGCCCUGCCGAAGCACAUAAGCUCUACUGUCUUCUCACCUUUCCUGAAUCUGUGUUAAAGGUCUGUUGGUUACUGGAUGUUUUUGCAAUUGGCCAAUGAGAACAAUUGCAGUCCUUGGUGGGGGGAUUGGGGGUUUGGCAGCAUCUUACUACCUGUGUAAGAGCCCCCAGAUUUCCAAGGUGGUUGUUUUCGAGUCUAGCAAUCGUUUUGGAGGACGGCUGUGGUCCACAAGAAGGUCAGAUGGGGCAGUGUUUGAACAUGGACCCAGAGCAAUUCGACCUGCAGGGGCAGUGGGACACAACACACUCAAUAUGGUAGAUGAUCUCGGGCUUGCAAUGGAGAUUCUGCCAGUCACCCACAGUCAUGUCGCCUCCAAGAACAGAUAUCUGUAUGUCAACGGACAGCUCCACAGGAUGCCUUCAGGAAUAAGUGGACUUUUGCGAACAGUCCCACCCUUCUCUCGCCCCCUUCUGUUGAAUAUCGCCAUGGAGAUAUUGGUGAAGAAAGGCACGGAGGAUGACGAGUCUAUCCAUUCCUUUGUUUCUAGGCGGCUGGGAAAGGAGCUGGCAGACAUUGCUGUAGACAGUUUGUGUCGUGGUGUGUUUGCUGGGGACUGCAAGAAGUUGAGUGUGCGCUCGUGUCUUCCUCUCCUCUACAACGCAGAGCAGCGCAGAGGUUCCCUGACACUGGGCCUGCUGCUGGGCUCAGGUCCCAAUCCUGUGGUCACCCCUGGCCCUCUGGCUCAGAGAUCUAUUAAAGAAUCGUGGGCCCAGUGGUCCCUGAGCAGGGGAUUGGAGUCCCUCGCUGAAUCCAUCACUGAGUACCUGCAACAGAGUGAGAUAGUGCAACUUCACAGGGAGGCAGCUGUUAAACAGAUCAGCCCUUCAGCAUCUGGUUGGAUGAUCCACUUGGAGGAUGGAGUCAUAUCGGCUGAUCACAUCAUCUCUGCACUGCCUGCUAAAGCGCUGGCUUCAUCCUUGCCCCCCUCCUGUCAACCUCUCAUUCAGGAACUGCAAGACAUCUCCACAGUAACAGUGGCUGUGGUAAAUCUGGAGUAUGAUGGUUCCAUCCUUCCUGUAAAAGGUUUUGGCCACCUGAUUCCAUCAUCAGAGGAUCGGGGUGUGCUCGGGGUGGUCUAUGACUCUGUUUCCUUCCCUCAGCACAACAGACCUAAAGGAGAGACUACAAGAUUGACGGUAAUGAUGGGUGGGGCCUGGUUCCAAGAAGAGUUUGGGGCUCCAGAAGCAGUAAAAGAUGAACAUCUUUUAGCGAGAGCCACUGAGGUGGUGAACUGCCACCUGGGAGUCAACACAGCACCCAGCUGGAGUUGGGUGACUCUACAGAGGGACUGUAUACCUCAGUAUUAUCAGGGCCACUAUCGGAGAGUAGAGGCCAUGCAGCGCUUCAUAAGGAAGAACAAUCUCUCUUUGUCUCUGAUUGGAUCCUCCUAUGAUGGCGUGUCAGUGAAUGAGGUCAUCUUUAGUGGACGGACAGCUGUAGAGGAGUUGUUGGGAAGGGGUGUUUGAUAGAGCUGCCCAUCAUUGCACAAGUGGAUCAGUUUUUGCUGACUUUUUUUUCUCCACAAAGAAAAAACUCUGUCCUCAAUUUUUUUUGUUAAAUCUGUAAUCAGAGGUGUUGUUGCAAAUCAACUUAUGCUGUAUAGCAUUUGGAAUUUAUGUCAAGCAGUCACUGUCACAUUUGUAUCAGUGUGGCAGACUCUACAGAUGUGAACACAAGCAGUCAUAUUCUGUCAACCCAAAAUGCCUCCUACUGCUGUACAAGCAUACAUCUUGCAGUCACUAAAGUAAUUCUGUAGGCAGUUGUAGUAGAUUGUUCGGAUUUAUGAUGGACCUGGAAAUGUCAAGAAUAGUUAAUAUGCUGAGUGUUGAAGUCCUUUGUUUCUUCUGUACCACUUGGUCAAAUGUGCCAAUCUGCAGGUCUCAGUUUCUCUGUUCUUACCAUAAUUCUAGGCCUUACAAUCUGAGUUUUUUUUUAAAUUUAUUUCAAGGUAGCCUAUGUUCACAUGUCUGGUUUAGAGAGGCUGACAAUGAUCAGCCCCCAUAUUGUUCCUGCAAGCUUUUUGUAAUGUUCUUUCCACAUUAUCUGACAAACAUUUUAUGUUUUAAUUAUUGACCAUAUGAUGUGCAUUUGACAGCUGAGUUCUAGCUAUCUGCUUGUUAGGUUGGAUGUAACGUUUCACUUCUGGGUCCAACCUCUCCCAGACUCAAAUGGCAGAUCUCAUCACCUGCUAAACAAUGACAUCUUUAAUGAGGCGUCAUUGAGAGUUAAAAAAAAAAUCUUUGUUCUUUCAAUUCAAACAGAGUAGUCAGUGUUGCCAUUCUGCCUGGCAGCAUAAUAACCAACUUUAUUACACAUAUUAAAUUUAUUCCAAUACCUGGCCUAUACCGGUUCUGUACCGGAAACAAAUUCCUUGUGUGUAACAUGCUUGGCCAAUAAAGGUGAUUAUCCUUAUCCUAUAUGAAGUUAUACUCUUGUAAUAGUUUUUUUUACCGUUACUUUCAUCAGAGUAAAAUGUAUCGUGUUCACAUUAUAGUGCUAGCUCCAUUCUACUACAAGGCAGCAAAACAGUUUUAUUAAAAAUAAUUUAGGAAUACUGACUUGUCGAAUGAGCUCUAACAAUUUUUUUUUUCCUUCUGUUCACAAGGAAAGCAGUAACAUGACAGCUGACUCUUGAUUUUUAAUUCAGAUCUACUGAAAUGAGGAUAACACUGUGACAUAUUAAACUGAGCAGAAUGAACUGAAGAUUGAACGCAGAAACGGAAUGUUGCAUCACUAAUUAACAAGCAGAUAUUAUAACCCCCUAUUCACACGCAUGGGGCAAUUCACCAUUCUCCUAUUUUUUUUUACCCAUAAAACACCCAUCUGAAAGUGUUAGAAAGUGAGGACUGGCCAAACUGUCCUCACUCCCAAUUAUGCCUUUUUUUCUCAUAGUAUACAUUCUUUCAACAAGAAAAAGUUCCUUCUCAGGGUGGUCACAAGCCAAAACAGCUGGGAACCACUGAUUCAAAUAAACAGACACACAGACUUCCAAAUCUAUGCUGAAGGCUUAGAUGCCCUGUUCCAAUAAGAAUUAACUGGACUCAGAGUCCUUA